CCCGGUAGUACACGCCAGUCAGUAAAUCCUGUUUGUGAGACGAGCCCGGUACUGCCCAAAGCAACGACCCACGCUGUUAUUGUUGUGUUGAACAACGGAACAACUACCCAGGGACUGGGACUGUCAGCCAUGGAGCGCAUCAUGGGAGGAGGAGUGCUGCCGCUGGCUUUAGCAGGUGUUGGGGUCUUGAUGAUGUACCGGAUACUCGUCCGGCUAAGAGCAGGAGCCUCUCUGAAGGACACUGUGGUUGUCAUCACUGGAGCCAGCUCUGGACUCGGGAAAGAGUGUGCACAGGUCUUUCAUGCUGCAGGAGCACGGCUCGUACUGUGUGGACGAGAUGCAAACCGCCUGCAGCAGGUUGUUGAGGAGCUUACAGCAAGUUCAGCAGAGACACAGCGUAAGACUCACACUCUCAGCACCGUUAUCUUCGACCUGGCGGACACAGACUCUGUGGAAAGAGCUGCAGAGGAGAUCCUGAGGUGUUACGGACAAGUGGAUGUCCUCAUCAAUAAUGCUGGAAUCAGUUACCGUGGCAACAUACUGGAUACCCACAUUUCGGUGCAGCGGGAUGUUAUGGAGACAAAUUACUUUGGGCCCAUUGCUCUUACUCAAGCUCUCCUUCCCUCCAUGGUUCACCGGCGUAGUGGCCAUGUUGUCGUCAUUAGCAGUGUCCAGGGCAAGAUAGCCAUUCCUUACAGAUCAGCUUAUGCAGCCUCGAAGCACGCCACGCAGGCCUACUUUGACUGCUUACGGGCAGAGGUCGAGCAUUGUGGGAUUUCAGUGUCUGUGAUCAGUCCUGGGUACAUCCGAACCAACCUGUCGCUCAACGCUGUCACAGGAGACGGAUCCAAGUAUGGAGUUUUGGACAAGGCCACAGCAACAGGCCGGGACCCCAGGGAUGUGGCGCAGGCAGUUCUGAGGGCAGUCCGUAAGAGGAGCAAAGAUGUCGUACUGGCAGGACUUCUGCCCACCGUCGCCAUCUACCUCCGCACACUAUGGCCCGCGCUAUUUUUCAAGCUCAUGGCCUCUCGUGCCCGCAAGGAGCAGAAACCUAAGGAUGAGUGAGGAGCCUGCAGCUCACAGAGGCAAACAGACCUAAAUAUGAAACUGACUGCUUCACAUGAAGGCUGAAAGGACAAGAGAUGUGAGGACUUGCAGUACUACACAAACACUUUCAGUAAACAGCCAUAUUGGGCGUGUUUGCUGUGUUGCUAGUCUAACGUGUGAAAUAAACCAAAAAUUUGUAAGUACAUAGUAACAGGUUCUAAUGGUGUUUAUUUUUAUUAUUCUGUGGUUUACCAGAGGCCUGUGUCAGGAAGCAGGUUCAACUUAGUCUGACUCUGCUUUGGUGAGCUCAGCCAGAUGUGGGCCAUCCUGGAUAACCAGUUUACAUUUUGUUUUACAAAGUUAGGAAGCAAAUGUUUAAGUCAAGCCUGAUGUUGCCUAAAACGUAACAGAAUGAUCCCAGUGGUUUCUCUUCCACACAGUGUGGCAUACAGCUUAUACAGCUUAACUAAACACUGGUAUUGGAUCGGUACUCAGGAUCUGCCAAUACGGGUAUCGGGACUGAAAAAGUUGCAUCAUCCCUACCUAACUUUAUGGACAGACAUGCAGGAUUUGUUGACAGUAUCUUGAUGCUGUUUGGAUUUAACAGUUGCCCUUGACGACAGCAAAGCACACAGUGAAAAUGUCUUUCUAUAUGUGGUACAACACCGGACUUGUUUCUGGAUCAUCUUCAUUGUGGUUUACUGAGUACAGUCCUGAAAGUGAAUUUCAGGUCAAAGAGCUUUUAAUAUACGUAUAGGAAGGAAACCCAGCAUCUAAAAACCUUUCAUAGUGUUCAGUUUGAUAUCAUGUUCGAGUUUUGAUUUCAGUCCAAUUCCCUUUUCAACCGUUUCAUGUAAUAACAGCAGAUGAGCAACAUUA